AUGAACGUUCAGCAAUUUUCCAUCAAGCAAUUAGAAGUGGAGAGCAAGCAUCUCAGCGACGUUUUGCGCUGCAUGCUCCACACCGUGCUCUUCAAUCGGGCGUUCGGACUGGUCUAUCCCAAGGAGGAAAUCAUCGACACGCUCGACUUUGAAUAUGUAAGGUGCGACGACGUGACGGUGCACCAGUACGUCGAGGAACAAAUCAAGACCUUCCGCACGACCCUCGCCGAAAGGGAGGAUCGAAGAGCCCAGUUGGUGCUGUCGUUUUUUGAGACGCGAUCGAAGAAGGCCUGGUUCCGCAAGGUCGAGGAAAAGAUCUGCUUUGAGCAGUGGGUCUUCUUCAUCAUCCUCAAGGAGGACUCGCCAGUCGAAACGCCAGAAGCGCGAGAGAAGCUCGAGAAUGAGUUGCGGGAGCGCAUCAUACGGUGA